CAUUGGAAACGAAAACUUUUUUUCAGAGUAUAUACCAUCAUCUGGACUACCACCCCUUGGACUCUACCAUCUAAUCAUGCUGUAUGCUACAAUGAACUAUUGUCAUAUAGUAUUCUCAAGCGAAGUGAUCCUCAAGAUACCAACAUUUACAUAGUUGCUACUGAUUUGGUGAAAAGUGUUUCAAGCAUACUGAAUACCAAUUUUGAAAUUGUUAAGGUGGUCAAAGGAGAUCAAUUAGAAGGUGCUGAGUAUGAACAUCCAAUAUAUAAGGAUCGAGUUCAUAAACUUUUCCAUUCACCUCAUGCUACUACUUCUAAAGGAACAGGGUUAGUGCACAAUGCUGGUGCACAUGGACCGGACGAUUUUGUUGUCGCUUUGACUAACAAAAUACCCAUAGUAGAUUUGGUGAACGAGUUUGGCACCUAUGAAUCUGACGCUGGUCCAAUAUUGGCAGGGAAAGAAGUUUUAUCUGAGGGUAAUAAAACUGUCCUAGACAUGUUGAAGAAUGAUUUGAUGUAUCUAGGAGAAAUUACUCAUAGUUAUCCAUAUGACUGGAGAACAAAGAAACCUGUGAUAAUUAGAGCUAGUAAGCAAUGGUUUAUUGAUACCGAAUCUAUUAAAAAUGCAGCAGUGGUGAGUUAAAUAAGUUGUUUCCAC